AUGCCUCGUCUGAAAGAUGGGGGGUCCUCGAAACCUGGACUGGGUGCCGUCUACUCUUUGGUUUUCCAUCACACUGUGGUCUUUCUGUUCCUAACACAUCAUUGUGGAGGUCAGGUUCAGGUGCUCAGCCCAUCGCAGCCAGUUGUGGCAACAGCUGGUGAUGACAUCAUUUUACCAUGCCACCUGGAACCCGCUAUGGAUGCCUCUGACCAGACUGUGGAGUGGACGAGACCUGACCUGAACCCUAGAUUUGUCCAUGUGUGGCGUGACGGUGUGGAACUGAAGACUAAAAAACAUCCGUCGUACGUAGGGAGGACGUCAUUGUCCACCGACAAACUCAAACAUGGAGACAUUUCACUGAGACUUCAGGAAGUGGAACGCUCCGAUGAGGGAACGUACAGAUGCUUCGUUCCCACACUGAACAGAGAAUCUUCUGUUGAGCUUGUAGUUGGUGCUGCAUCAUCACUUAUUGUCAGCUUAACGAGGACAGAGAAUGAUGAAGACAGUGGUGGAGCGGUUUUGCAGUGUGAGUCCAAAGGCUGGUAUCCAAAACCUGAGGUGUUCUGGCUGGACUCUGAGGGAAACCUCCUCCCUGCUGGACCUGCAGAGGCAGUCAGAGGUCCUGAUGGCCUCUAUACUGUCAGCAGCAGAGUGACUGUGGAGAAGAGACACAACAACACCUUCACCUGUAGAGUCCACCACAAGAACAUCAACCAGACCACAGAGACACACAUCCCUGCUCCAGGUGGAAAAUGA